GAUCCGCAGGAUGACCACCCUUCUAAACUGCACCUCAGGGGGAACUUACAAGAAUCUAGACGGAAGGGCCAGCACUGCUUACGAAAUACGAGCUUGAGCGAACCCGUCUGUCGUUAAAGUGCCUUCCUAACUUCAGAAAACGGGCGCAAGAGGUGGUGCAAACAAGGAUUUGUCGCAGCGAAACCCAAUGUCUGUGGCAUCAUUCUCAGCUUUCCAGCCUUGGAAAAAGCUUCUCUACAUUAGGCAAGACUAUCCGGAUAACUAUGUUGACGAAAGUUUCUUGGAGCAGAUGCAAAAGAAUGUCAAUGUCAGAACGCACUAUUACUGGACUGUUGCUCAUCGAACCUGCGCGGUUACCCAACACAUCAGCUCCAUCAUGGUCUUUACCGCAAUCUUUGUGCACCUCUACUCUGGAUUGCUAUCCCCCGCAACGCUACUCAUAAUAACUGCAGUAUCUGUCUUUAUUGGAUAUGCCAUAUGGGAUAUCAUUGUAUUUCGGCAGCGACUGAAGGCAGCUAUAUAUCGAGGAAGGAUCUUCAAAUCAGCGGCAUUGUUGUUGGCUAUUCUCAUCGGUCUUACACCCGUUUUGAAGACCCUAACUAAAGAGAUCAGCAGCGAUACAGUGUGGACCUUGACUGUCAUGAUGAUUCUGGCCAACUUGGUAUUUCAUGACUAUAGCGCGCAAGACGUUCUUAGAGUCAGAUUUCCAGAUUCAUUAUCGAUCAACGCUGGAAUUUUUGCUUCAGUCUUAUUGAGUUCCCGCUUGCCCUCAAAUAUGCACGUAUUGGGGUUGAUGCUAUUUGCCAUUGUCACGUUCGUGCUUUUUCCCAUGUUUCGGAGAGGUUUUCGGAAUAUCUCACCCAGAAAUGAUUUGAUCAUCAUCACGUUACUCAGCCCACUGACGGUUGCACUUUUUCUACCGAUAUCUCUCGCACUGGUCAAUAUAUACUUGAUUGGCAUGCUUUUUAUCAAUCUGAUUUGCCCAUACUGGCUCAUUCAUGCGCAAAAGUAUAAAAGUGAGAUCCGUGGACCAUGGGACGAAGCUCGAAUUGGACGCCGAGGCUCAUCAUGACACGACAUAUAGUGCAAGGAUGGGGAUCAUGGCGCACGCCACGGUAAGCCAGCACGCGGGGAGCCUGGCCAGCAGUCUGUUCUUAGCGGUGGGUACCACGUCCACACCUGAAAGCUCGGCGCUGGUAUGUGGCACAAUAUUGCUGUUGCUGGCCACUGUUAGAUUAAUGUACGAAGAUUGCACAUGCGAGUAGAGGAGUAGAUGCGGUAUCAAUCAAAGGAUACACCGGGUCGGACCGAACAUCCUCUUGUUUGCCCACAGAUGGAAAACACUCGAAGGCCUGGUUAUAAAUAACCAACACUGUAUACGUUCAUCUAUUUAAAUUACUGUCGUUCUACGCCA